GAAUCGUUUGAUUAAGAUCAAAUAGCAGAGAUCGUGUGAUCGUGUGAGUGCAUGAAUGUGAGAUUGUCCUGACUUCUAGGAAUCUGGUCUAGUUACUAAUGACUUUUAUGAGUAUGGCCCCCAAAUCCCAGUCAAGCAUAGCAUGGCCACUCAUUUAUAAGCCACAAAAAAUCAAGAUACAAAAAAUCAGACCCUCUUACUACAUAUAUAAUAGUAUCUUCCUCUUGGUUUUUUUCAACACAUCAAAUUUUUCAUGUGUAGAACACUGUCUUACUAGCAAGCAAAGCCAUGACAACCUGUGAAAGCCUGCAACACAUCUUUGAUAGCCUAUUACCAGAAAAACCAACACUGCUUGAGUCCCUUUCAUUUAACAAAAUUAAACCAGUAAAAUCCAUAGAGUCUUCUUCCUGUACUGAGAUAUUUGGUGAACUUCAUUUCAAUGAAUCAUCAUCACCAUCUUCCCAUGUUUCUAUUUCACCAUCGUCAACAGUGAUAAACAACACAUAUCUAAACCAGAACAAAGAUUCUGAGUCUUCUGAUACAAGUCAAACUCCAUCUUCAGCUUCUUUUUCAAUCACUCCAACAACAAGCCAUACUACCAACAAGCACAAAAGCAGUGACAGCUUUUCAUGGUUGAAUUCUGAAAGCCUACAUCUUUGCACGGAGGGUCUUGGUUUUGAAAGUUCGGAUGAUGUUGAGGACUCGAAGAGUGGAAGGAACGAAUAUUGGGAAAUUGAUCAAAACGAGAUACAUGACGAACAACAUUUAUCUUCAAGAAAUCAUUCUUAUGGAGAAUGUAGGAGGUCAAGGGUUAAUGAGUACCCUCCUCCCAUUUCAAGAAUAGGGAGGACAGGGAAGCCUUGGGUUUAUUUCAGGUCUUAUAGGGAUGAUGGAAGAUUUGUUCUCGAAGAGGUAAGGAUACCGACACAGGAGUUUUUGCGUGCUUAUAGAGAGGAUGGAAGGCUCAAGCUGCAGUUUGUUCACCCUCCUGAUGAUGAGUUCCUAGAAGAUGUGGAAGAAGAAGAAGAGGAGGAUAUAGAAAACAUAGAUGAUGAAGGAGAAGACAUGGAAAAAGAAGAUGAAGAUUGUGUGACACAUCAUGCAAAUGAAGAAAAAGAGAUUGCUUGAUGACCAAGUCACUAAUUACUCAAUUAAAGAAAGACAAAAAUUAAAUAAUCAAGAUAUUUUCUUCCUAAUGGAGUUACAAAAAUAAGACUAAAAUAACUUGAUAAGCACUCUUUUUUAUAUAUGUUGCCUUUAAUUUUACUCUUCUCUGUUUAUAGGUUCAUAAGUUUUUGUUUUCUGUCUUCCAAUAUUUGUCCACUAAAGAGAAGAUUACAAUGUUUUAUAUAAUGCACAAUCUUGUUCAGUGGAACACUUAUUAUCCCUUGCAAA